GCCGUUAGCCGUUGUUGUUCCCUAUGCUACUGAACAGAUUUACCGCGAUACAAACUAGCUUCCCACUGGCCUUAACCGCCAGAAAAGAUGCUUCUUCACAGGAUUAAAACGAUAAAACAAACACCAGGACGUCUGGGAAAACUUUACCCAACUAUGCCCAAACUUUGAUAAGACCACCAACCAAAUAUAGUUUCGAGUGUGUUAGCUUUGUUUUAUUAUCUCCUCACUAUUCUUUUUUUUUUGCCACUGGUCGAGGUUUUCUGCUUCUUUCUUUUCUUUUCUUAUUUUUCCUUUUCAUUGGAGGAGUCCAGUCUGAUGAAUUCGCCGAAAAAAGACGGAAACGAUGAUGUGCCCGUUAAAGACCCGGUGAAAUACGGAGAGCUGGUCAUUUUAGGGUACAAUGGCUCUCUGCCGAGCGGAGACCGCGGGCGCAGAAAGAGCCGCUUCGCUCUUUACCGAAGGGCCAAGGCCAACGGCGUCAAACCCAGUGCUGUGCACAUCCUCAACACGCCGCAGGACAGCAAGGCGGUCCACAGCAGAGGGCAGCACAGCAUCUCUUUCACACUGUCCCGUAACCAGACUGUGGUGGUGGAGUAUUGCCAUGACAACAGCACAGACAUGUUCCAGAUCGGACGGUCCACAGAAAGUCCCAUUGAUUUUGUGGUGACCGACACCUCCGGAGGGGGGACAGAAGGAGAUGACCCCUCCAUCGCUCCCAGCACCAUCUCCCGCUUUGCCUGCAGAGUGGUGUGCGAGCGCAACCCGCCCUACACCACACGCAUUUACGCCGCCGGCUUUGACUCGUCUAAAAAUAUCUUUUUAGGGGAGAAAGCCACCAAGUGGAAAAAUCCUGACGGCCACAUGGACGGCCUCACCACCAACGGGGUGUUGGUGAUGCAUCCGGAAGGUUUCCCGCAGGACCCCAAGCAGGGCCUGUGGAGGGAGAUUUCUGUGUGCGGAGAUGUCUACGCCCUCAGAGAAACGCGCUCUGGGCCCAGUCGGGGCAAACUGGCAGAAGGGGAGAGCAGCGCCCUGCGGGACGGCUCCCUGGUGGAUCUUUGCGGCGCCACUCUGCUGUGGCGCACAGGGGAGGGACUAAUGCGCGCUCCCACCCUGCGUCACCUGGAGGCCCUUCGUCAAGAACUGAACGCGUCCCGACCGCAGUGUCCUGUAGGCCUCAGCACGCUGGCCUUCCCAAGCUUACCACGCAGCCACAGCCUUGAAGAGCGUCAGCCCUGGGUCUACCUCACGUGCGGCCACGUCCACGGACGCCACGACUGGGGCCAGAGAUCUGAGAGGGUGGAGGACCCCGGGGAGGGUGAGGGCUCCACCAAGCGCCGGGAAUGCCCCCUAUGCAGAAGCGUGGGCCCCUACGUGCCGCUGUGGCUGGGCUCUGAGCCUGCUGUGUACGUGGACGCCGGAGCGCCCUCUCACGCCUUCGUACCGUGCGGCCACGUCUGCUCGGAGAGGACAGCCAAAUACUGGGCCGAGACGCCUCUGCCCCACGGGACACACGCAUUCAGGCCAGUCUGCCCCUUCUGCUCCGCCGCCCUCAGUACCCCUGGCUGGAUACGGCUCAUCUUCCAGGGCCCCAUCGACUAGCUGGACUUUCAGUAACCACCAUCCCAACCACAGGAAGCUACUUGAGCCUCAUUCUCGUGGCAAACGUCAAUGAGUGAUGAAUCAGUUCAGUGUCUAGCAUGGCUGUCAGGGCAGCAUAUGCGUUCUGAGUGUUCGAUCACGCUCUCGCAACGUUGUGCUACAGAAUGUCAAUCCGUCCCCUUGUUUAUCCUUCAGAGCGUCAAGAUCAGGAGGACGUGACAGACUAAUCAGUACUAACAAGUAGAUAGUGAUUCUUCUAAUCCAACAGAAACAGAGUGAGCUAAUAUUUGUUGCGUGGAACGUAAAGAGAAUCUUUGGUGACGCUGCUUGAGCUUUUAAAAAUCCCUCACUAUAAGAUGACUCUGCCCCGUCGUACUCUAACAACACACUGUCAGGUUCAAACAUCCUUUUUAAUUCUCUUCAGAGUGUGAAAUCUUAAGUAGCUUUUUUGCACAUACAAAACAAAUGGCCUUGACUUUCUCUUUUCCAGCAUUAAUUGCAGCCGUGUUCAUUCAGUCCACUGGCACUUCUCCCGCUGAUGUUACGUAAGUCGCCACAUUCUGAAGAUCCUUUUAAUAGAAAUGGUCUCAGCGUCACUGUGGCCGUAACUUUUACUGCCUUCAAUUACUUUCGUCAUCUUCCCCAGUUUUUUUGUGUUAGCGCCUGAAACAGGAAGGCUUAUAUGAACGUUCCAACUUAUCCAUUUAAUUGUGCACGUUGUUCUCCUUUGUCUUCAUCAAUCCUUCUAGUGUUAAAUCUAUGCACAGAUACUCAUGUAAACGAAUCCCCUUGGUGAUCUCUUAAGCGACAGAGUAAGCAUUACGUACGGCACCUUUCAAAAGUAUUCACACGUUAAACUUUUUCACAUUUUGUCUUUAAAAAAAAAAAAAAAAAAAGAUUUUAUCUGACAGACCAGCACAAAGUAAGGGAUAAUUGGGGAGUGGAAGAAAAAUUAUGAAUGGUUCUGGUAAAUUUAUUUUAUUGCAAACCAAAAUCUGAAAAGUGUGGUGUGCUUUUGUAUUUACUCUGAUAACCCCAUAUCUAAAGUCCAGUCCCACCAAGCUAAUUGGUAAAAAGAGUUUAGAUGAGAUAGUGGGUCGACUGCAUGUUUGUGUACACCACAAAUCUGGCCUUAGUGGAAGAAUGUUGAGAAGAAACUUUAGUUUGCGUUAAUGUCAGAGUGGAUAGAAGAUGGUUGGAGCUAAAAACAGGUCAAUUGUGGCCCAAAAAAUAUCAGGCACUGCAGGGCAACUACUUUCAACAUGCAGUCAGAGAGUAAUUGGAAUGGUUUAGGACAAAGUUUGGAAUAAAAACUACUUUGUGUAAUACCCCCAACAAAGUGCAAUGAAGCUCACGAUUGUAACCGGUUGUGAAAAAGUUAAAAGGAUAGUAAUACAUUUGCGAGAAGCCGUACCAUAACCUCAGUUAUGAAGCAGAAUGAGGAUAAACAAAGGCAGGGAAAUAAAACUGGGUUCACUUCACUUCACAACUCUCCAAAGCAAUAAUAGCACUUGCAUAGAUAAGCUACGUGAUUUUUCUACGUCUAGCCAGGCGUUCGGUUGGCUGUUCCUAGAAGCUCAAGGGGAAGGGAAAAAAAAGGGUUUUCCAGGUUCAGAGGUCAACCAGAGGUGUGCUCCGUUCACCAGAUUCUGCGUAGCGUCCUCGCCAUCUUAAAGGAAGUCGACGGGUUCUGAUCUGCUUCGAUUCUGAACGCACCUUGGGUCGCUGAACGUCUUCUGACAGGGUCCGUGUUGGUGUGACGGAAGGGGCGGUGUGGUUCGUGACCUCGAAAAGAAAAAAAAACCUUUUGUUUCAAAGGGGGGAAAAAAACAAACUAUUUUGUUAAGAAAAGGGGGAGGGCUUUAUUUUGGGGGAAGCGGGAGGAAUUCUUUUAGAUGUUCAAUGUUCAAAGCAAACAAACAAAAAAAAAAAAUUUAAUAACUAUUUUUCUAUUCGCAGUGGGUCUAGUUAAUUAUUCCUACAUGGUGUGAGCAAGUUGUGCCCAGCUGUAACUGUGCGGUAGAUUAGGAGAGCCCGUGAAUGAGAAGACAUUACCAACACUGUGUCCACUUCCACACUGCUACCAUGAAACAUUGCCCAGACAAUGAAUGUAGCCAAAUACUCGGGCUAUGUUUAGCCUUCGCUGGUGCUCAUACUCAAUGGUCUAUAUUGUGAUACUAUUUUUGUAACUGGAUAUUAUGGUGUAGCUUGGUGAACUAGCUUGAAAAGGUUUUUUUUUUUUUUCAAUAAAUAGCCUCAAGUGUGGAAGACAUGAAGAAGUCAGUUAUACACGCUCACACGGGAACCGUGUCCAGCUCGCAUGCGCUGGACAGUAUUUACGCUACACGGACACUUACUCAGAAACGUUGCACGGUGGUUUGCGAGUUUGUUACUCACGCUGAGCGAGUAUGUCACUAUAAAGGUUGUCUUCCGAGUCCUUAGUUAGCCUUGUUUGUUUGUUUUUUCAAAGUUUUGUGCUGUUGUUUCCAGGGGAAAAAAAAUAAAGAAAACGAGUCUUAAAAAAUACCGGGAUGCACGGAUAUGAAAAUUUGGGCCAGUAACGAUAUCCGAUAUUAAUAUCGCUGUUGUGGCUGAUAACCAAUAUUUACCGAUAUUAUUUAUUAUUUUGUUACCCUUUUGACACCUUAAACAAAUUGACCACACUUUCAGUUAAAAUACCCACAAUCCUGCACUGCAUCACUUUGAAUGUCACAUGACCAACCUUCUCCCCUGCCCCUACCAAAACAAACAAGAUGAAAAAAAAGAUCCUCCCAUUUUUAUUUAUCGGACAAAUAUAUUAUAGAAUUACUAAUAUCAGCAAGUGUCGAUAUGUCGUGCAUCCCUAAAAAAUUAACGUGGUUCUUGAUAUAACUCCAUAAAUGACUCAUCUUGUACUGCUAUGCUAACAUUUUCCAAUAAUUCUUCUGCAGGAUGUUGAUUGACUUGGCACAUGUUUCAUUCAGCCGUUAAAAAAAAAAAAAAACGCGUCCUAAAAUACUUCAAAACGUGCCGAUUUUGGAAUGUGACGUUUUUGUCUUGUUUUUUUUUUGUUUUUUUACCCAUUUGAAGCCUGAAUGCCGGAUUUAUUGUGUGGUGAAUAAGUUGUGUUGUGACAAUAACAGUAGCUCAGGAUUAGCGAUCUCAGAGUCACAGCUGGCAGGGCAACCCUAGUGCAACAUAGAGAAAGCAGAAAGUUUGUGAUUAUAUUCAGCUGCUUGAGGUAAAGAAGGCUUGAUGACCAGUGGUGUCCAGAAGACUUGAGACUGAGAUAUGUUUGCAAUUUUGAACAAAUAUAUCUCACCUGAAAUAAUUGGCUUACCAGCUCAUGAUGCAUUUCAAACAAGGCUGCAAUCAAGCUUUGAAAUUAUUUUUGGGCAGCCUGUGAUCCACACCACAUAUGAUGACACACUUAAAAGAAAGUAGGAAACAAUUGAUCCAAAAAUUUGACUUUUUUUAAAAUAUAUAUAUUUCUGGAUAAAAAUUUACAAAAAUCAUACCACUUGGAUUAUUUCACUAAAAUAUUGCACGUUUAGUUCAAAAUAUAAGCAGGCAAAAAUUAAAAAUGUCGUGGCCUAUGAGUCCUUUCAACUUGAACAUUUUAGCCUGUGUGGCAAAAAGUUUGGACACCCCUGAUCCAAGUUGAUUUUGUGCUGCAGUGCCAGCUGAAAUUCAUAUUACCGUAUAUUGAUAAUAACUCCUUCCAUAUGCAUACACCACACUGGUCAUGAUCGCCAAAGACGAGCCUUUCAACAGCACCAUACUCAAGUUAUCGGCACCUCUGGUAAAACCGGGUGUAAAUCCUUAAAUUGUGUGGUUGCUAUGGAGACUUCGCUAAAGCUAAAUCUCGGGCCCCUGUCUAGCCUUGUUUGUUACAAUUCCUGUCAUUCAAAAAGAUGAUUAAUUAUAGCUUUGACUGUAAAGGGGAGUAUUUAUUUUGUUUUAGCCUCCCCGCUAACCUAUGAAGAUCAACACACCUACCUAAUCUGAUCGGUGUGGUCUCUUGUUUUUCCUGUUUUGAAGAGCGGCUUACAGAAACGUGCCUCUGUGUUGCAACCCCAGAGAAUCACAAAUUACUGAUUAAAAUGUUCCUGGAAACUGAUCAACUUUUAAAGUCUAAAUGACAAAACUGCAUCAGUUUACAGGAAUCCUGUAAUAUAUAUAUAUUUAUAUAUAUAUGUGUGUAUUUUUAAUUUUUUUUUUGUCAGAUGAAUGGUUUCAAUCUUUUUGAAGCUGUCCAAAAGUAAGAACUUUGGUGGGUUUAUUUUCAGGCUCUCUACGCAUCUACUUCAACAAGCGUGCCAAUAGGCAUGAAAGGGUGCUGUUAUUAAAAAAAAGGAGGAAAAACCGACUCCAACAGGCAAAUAUCAGCUGGCGGUUAUGAAUCGUGUCAGUCUCAGUGAAUUGUACUUAAGAUCUCUGCCUAUAAUUGGCAUGUGGAUGGAUGAACUGUUGCAGCACCCUCAUUUUGCUUUUUCUUUGCUCCUUUUUCUCUUCUGUAAUAUUUGCUUACGUUUAGUCUUCGUUGAUUUAUAGGUGUCCACGUGUUAUUUUCUUUAUUUCGUUUAGGCCUUAGCGAUUGAGCAAGCUUCUCACAGUAUUUUAGCACAGCAUUAAUUUGUUCAAUACCACCAGUGAUAUCAUAAGCUCUUCACAAAUGUAGUUUUUUUUUCAUGUGUAUUCACUGACCCUUAUUUCAGAUGGCGAGACCUCAAACUCCUCAACUUCUAAGCUCUCCUUGAUGUAGGUGAGUGAGUAGCUGACAAACCUCACAAAUAACAAUGCAUUCCUUUGACUAUAUCUUAUGUACAGCUAUUUUGUAUUAUUUUAUAUCAUGUUCUUCUGUAAUUGUCCGGUGCACAGACAAUCGCUAUACACAUGUCAAUAA